AUCUUCUUCUUCUUCUUUUUUUUGUCUGUUGUUGCUGUAUGCAGCACCAAACCAAGGCCUUCAAUUCCUUGUUUUUUUUUUUUGUCCAUUGCAUGCAGAUUCAAACAGAGUGGCUACGCCACUUCCUUCUUUGUUUCUUUUGAUUUCCUUGUUGAACUUUUCUUCCUCUCCUUUGUGGUGACUGUCCCUUUUCUUUUAAAACCUUUGUUUGUUGUUGUUGUUUCCUCACCGAGCCCAAGGAACCAAAAGCAACAUGUUGCCUUCAUCUUUUUUUGGUUUUGUUUUAUUUCAUCCAUAUGCCAACAACAUCAUCCUCCAAAAGAAAGAACAUGGCUGUUUCAUCUUUCUUUUUUGGCCAAAAACACAAAGUGGCCAACAUCCAGUUUUCUUCCAGAACUCCAUUUUUUUUGCCUAUUCUUUUCUUCAUGACUAACUUCCUUUUCAUUUUUUUUGAUGUAGUUUGCUCAGUGAGGAAAGUAAAGGCUUUCACACGCAGAGAUGGAGAGGAGUGGUCAAGGAGUCCAAGAGGUGAUGGAUUCUUAUGGAAAUCUUCAUAGGGAGCAUGCUUCCAAUGAAUAUGGUAGGGCCAUCGCCUUUGGUCCCCAAUACAUGAGAUCUUGUCCUCUGAAUUCGAUCCGGCUUAUGGUGCCUCCUGAGAGUCGAACAACUUGGUUCACCACAAAUCACGUGAGUAGUGGACAUCUCAAGCUCAACCCCCAUGAAGAAGACCGAGUUAUUCAAAUUUUCCAAGCAAAAGGCCCACAUUUUAUAGCUCAUUCUUUGAUGAAGGUAAACAAUAAGAUAGAAGGAGAGCAGUGUCUUCCUAGGGAUGAAUUUUAUCCAGUUAUGCACAGGAUGCUUCGCAACAAAAUUUCAUGGGGAAGCAAUUUUAAAUUUUUCGGUUAGGCUAACUUUCGAGCAUUUGUACUAGAGUGGACGGAGUCUGUUUUGGGUGACUUUGGCGAUGUCCU